AUGGGGUCAGCGGCUCUAAGGAGAUCAGAGAUGCAUCAGAAGGUAGUCCGAGUCGUGUUGGGGUUGCUCUUCGCCAGUUCUGGUAGGAAGUUCCUGGAGGAAGACAAGAGAUAAAAAGUGGGAAGAUCACAAUAUUUAUUUCAAGUGCCCUGGCUUUUCUUUCUUCUUCUUAUGGAUGCAACUGAGCAAAUUCUGAGUCAUUUUAUCUGUGGAUAAAAUUAUGAGGGGUGUGUGUGCAAGCAAAAGUCCUAGGUGUCAGAGUCAACCCUUCCAAAACUGUUAGGCUGGCAAGGCAAAGGAGAUAAAGGCUGUCUGUAACCAGCAAGAGCAGUUCUCCUUAGAAUAAUAGAAUCAUAUAUUUGGAAGGGACCACACAGGUCAUCUAGUCCAACCCUCUGCAAUGCAGGAAGUUGGAGUUAUUGUUCUUUUUUGCUCAACUGAGGUUUUAAAGCAGAGAUUGGAUGGCCAUCUGUCAUGGAUGUUUGAGUGGAGAUUCCUGCAUUGGAGGGGGUUGGGCUAGAUGACCCUCAGGGUCCCUUCCUAUUCUAUGAUUCUGUGGUUCCCAGACCAGCAAGCAGGCCCAACCCAAAAGCAUUUCUAGUGCCCAGGAACACCAUCUGACAUGCCCCUUCCCUCCCUUGUCCAAAUCCCCAGCUUUGAGAGGUGGGAACAAGAAGCUACUGUUUUGAAAGUUAGCAACAAGAAGCUAACAUUUUACUGAUUGGGAAAAUGCCACCUUUCCUUUCCACACAGUGCUGGGGUUGUGCCCCCCAAGGUGGAUCCUGUACAGGAAUGAGCUUUGCCUUUACAUCCCAGCUGGCUCUCUUGUUCUGUCCUGGAGUGAAGCCAGAGUCUUCUGCAGGGACCAAAAGGCAGACCUGGUUGUCAUCAAGGAUUACCACAAGCAGGUAAGAGGCGGAUUUUGCAAGCUGCAGGCUGGGAAUGCUUUAGUUUGGGAGGGAGGAAGCGAGGGAAACCUCACUUGAGGAUGACUACCUGGCAUAGAAUCCAGAUCUGACCCAGGUAUGGCAAUGGCCAGGUGCUCUAGGUGCCGUGUUUCAUUUCUGCUUUAUCUUUUAAAGGAAAAAUCUCAAAGUGGUUGACAACCCACUAAAACAUCCAAUCAAACAAUCCAGAAGGGGGGAAAAAUUCAAGCUUCAAGGAAAAUAUUGCAGAUCCUUCUCAAAGUGACAAUUUGCUUUCCCCAUAUUUAUUGACCAACUUAAUUGAUAGAGUGGUCCCAUAGCAGAAUUUCUUUAGGAAGCCAGUGUGCUGUAGUGGUUGAAGAGUUGAACCAGGACCUGGGAGAUCAGGGUUCAACUCCCCACUCAGCCAGUCAUGAAGCUCACUGCGUGACCUUGGAGUCAAUCACAGACUCUUAACCUACUUCACAGGGUCGUUGUAGGGAUUAACUGAGGAGGAGGCGAACCAAGAGAUCUCUGCAAAAUGCACCCGGCACCUGGUGAAUUUCUAACACUGUUCAGAACCCUUUUCUAUUCUGCACCCAGUGAGGGCUCUUGAGUCCCAGGUCGGCUAGGUCAUUUCCUGAGCCCAGGAACAUAAACAGCUAGUGCAACUAGCUGAGCAUUGUCUGCACUGACUGGCAGCAGCUCUCCAAGAUUUCAUGCAAGGACGCUGCCCCAGCGCUACCCAGAGAUGCUGCCUUCUGCAUGCAAAGCAAUUGCCCUAACACCAAGCCAUGGCCCCUUUCCUGUAGAAGUCCCUGGCAGAGACUGUUGGGAAAGUGGCGAAAGUUAUGCUGCCUGCCUUUGCUCCCACUGCAGGACAGCUCAGUCGGUAGAGCAUGAAACUCUUUUUUUAAAAAAAAUAUUUUUUAUUACAAAUUUAAACAAAACAUAUUAUCUUAAUACAUAUCCUCCUUAAUUCCCCCCAUUCCCCCUCCCCCCAUAAAAUAACGCACCUUCCCCUCCCCCCCUGACUUCCCUCAGCUCCAGUCUCUGGUUUCUCUACAAAUACUAUUCUCUGUAUAUUACAAAACUGUAUAAAUCCUUAAUUUAUCUGGCAGGUUAUUGUUCAUAAAAAGUUUGUGAGUGUUUAUUCAAAACCUGCCAAGGAGUCCAGUUCACUUUGUUGUUUCUUUAAGUACUUUGUAAAAGGUUCCAUUCAUCAUUAAAGUCACAGUUUCCUUGUCCCAUAGUUUAUGUGUCAAUUUUGUCAAUUCUGCAUAUUCUCUUGCCAUAGUUCUUUAGUUGGGGUUUCCUCAUUCUUCCAUCCUUGUGCUAUUAAGACUCUUGCCGCCGUUGUUGCAUACAUGAAGAUAUUUUUCAGCUUCCUUGGCAGGUCGUUUCCUACAAUCCCUAACAGAAAUGCUUCAGGUUUCUUAACAAAUGUUAGAUGGAACAUUUUCUUCAGUUCAUUGUAUAUCAUUUCCCAAAACCUUUUAAUUUCAUUACAAUCCUACCACAUAUGCUAAAAUGUCCCCUCCUUUCCCUUACACUUCCAACACACAUUUGAACUGGUUUUAUACAUUUUACCUAACUGCACUGGAGUCUAUCUAUACCAUCUAUACAUCAUCUUCAUAUAAUUUUCUUUCAGCAAAGAACAAUCUGAGAGCAUGAAACUCUUAAUCUCAGGGUUGUGGGUUCAAGCCCCAUAUUGGGCAAAAAGAUUCCUGCAUUGCAGGGGUUUAGAUUAGAUGAGCCUUGGGGUUCCUUCCAACUCAACGAUGUUAUGAGUCUGUGAUUUUAUUAUGCUGCCUUUGCACAGAUGUUCCUGACGGAACUCUCAAACAACGCCCGGGAAAACGCCUUGCACUACUGGAUCGGGUUAGCAUGGCGAGAGGCAAGCAGUCAGCUCGCCUGGGUGGAUGGAACCCCAUUAUCGCAGAGCUGGUACAGGUAAGAGAACCUUGAUGCGUGGCUCUGAUGGCAGAGGGCUCCAGUGUGGGGCUUCAACCCACAACCCGAAGAGCAAGUCUCCUGCUCUGCCGGCGGAGCUAUAAAAGUGGUUUGCUAAGAGAUCAGAAGCAAGUUCUUUGCUUUUGGAUCUUGAACUCUUUCUGCUUUAUCAGAAACUGGCUCCAAGGCCACCCCAAGAAGGAGCGUUGCACACAGCUCGUGGGCAUCUACGCUGGCCAGUGGAGGGACUGGGAUUGCGGUGCCAACGUCUCCUUCAUCUGUGAGAUGCCCAUGAAAGGUAAGAGCAAAGGGGGUGUCUCCUUCCCAGCCUCGACAUUCAGCAGCCAGCAGGAGGCAUAAUGAGGGAGGCUAUAGAAAUACUGCAUUUUGCUGAUGAAUGGAGAGAGCCAACCCCAGCAGCCCUCACUAAUUUUAAUAGUAGUAGUAUUUAUAUCCUGCCCAUCUGGCUGGGUUUUACCUCCCCAGCACCCAGAGUCGGCAUGGAAGGGGUCCCUUGACGCUUCAAGACUUAGUAGCCAUUGACAGGCCUCUCCUCUGUGCAUCACACUGUUGACUCAUGUUAUGCUUGUUGUCCACUAAGACCCCUAGACCCUUUUCACAUGUACUACUAAUAAGCCAGGUGUCCCCCAUGUUAUAUUUGUGCAGAUGGUUUUUCCCACCAAGGUGCAGAACCUUACAUUUGUCCCUGUUGAAAUUUUGCUUGUUUGGUCUCAGUUCUCCAAUCCGUUAAGGUCAUCUUGAAACCCGAUUCUGUCUUCUGUGGCAUUAGCUACCCCUUUCAUUUUGGGGUCAUCUGCAAAUUUGAUGAGCAUCCCCUCAACUCCUUCAUCCAAGAUGUUAAACUACAGCGGACCCAGGACAGAGCCCUGUGGCAGCCCCCCUUUCCCCCCAGGAUGACGAGGAACCAUUAAUGAGCGCACUUUGGGUUCAGCCAGGCAACCAGCUACAAAUCCAUCUAACAGUUUCCUCGUCCAGCUCACAUUUUACCUGCUUCUUCACAAUAAUAUCAUGGGGGAUUUUGUCGAAAGCCCUGCUGGGGGAAGUGCAAAGGGGAUCUCUGGAUUUCAGGAGGAGAAAAUGUGGAGGAGAACGCUGGGUGGAUGAAGGGGAAAUAAAGGCAGUGUAAGGAGUUCACCAUUUACAUUAAUCUAAAAUGUGGACCUGCCCACCAACUUCAUAGCUGCACCUUCUUGUACCUCUCUCUCUCCCCUUGUGCCUUUCCUGUUUAGAUGCCCUCCCUGGCUCUGUGAGGAAAGUGCCCUUCCGCUCCCACUGCUACGCCUUCCAUUUCCCAUCCUUCAGGGAACUGAGGUCAUGGAGAGAGGCCCAGUCUUUUUGCCAGGAAUCUGGGGAGGGCCUCGCAAUUGUUGGAGAUGAGGAGCAGAACACCUUCCUGUCAGGUGAGGGAUGGAAGCAGCAAACCAGUAGCCAAGGCAGUAGCAUUUUGGGCUGAUCUAGCUGGGCUCCUCUUAGAAUAAUAGACUCAUAGUUGGAAGGGACCACAAGGACCAUCUGUCUAGUAGUCCAACCCCCACAAUGCAGGAAUCCUUUUUGCCCAACACGGGGCUUGAACCCACGAACCAGAGAUAAAGAAACUCAUGCUCUACCAAUUGAGAUAUGUGCUUCUUAUUAGUUUUUUAAGUGCCCUUGGGGGAUGGCUGUUGCCAUUUAUCUCUUUAUAUUUUAAAUAUUUUGGGGGCUGCUUUUCUGGGCAAAUGCCCCUUUAAAGAUGCUUUCAGUCAAAAGCAGCAAAAAAUGAAACUAACAGUGGAGAUUUUCAAAACUUAAAAGAGCACCUGUACCCAAAUGCCGCCCUCAGAAUAACUCUCUUCCUCCUCCUCUUCAGUUGGUACAGUGUGGUGCUGAUAAUGCCAAGGUUGCAGGUUUGAUCCCUGUAUGGGACAACUGUGUAUGCCUGCAUUGCAGGGGGUCAGACUAGAUGACCCUCGGGUCCCUUCCAGACCUACAAUUCUAUGAUUCUAUGAGAUGGUGGCAUUUAUUGUCCCCAUUCAAACUGGGAAGUAGUAGUGAUGGUUUUGCACUGGAAGAGGGUGCAGGGAACUGGCCAUCUAAUCCUUACCAAGAAACAUCUGUGAUGGUUUCUCCUUUUCCUCCCCAGAUGCCUUUCCUGAGGACGGCUGGCAGAUGUGGAUUGGGCUGCGCUUUGGCACCUCAUGGAGGUGGAGCGACUCGUCAGCCCCCCCAGCCUAUUUCCGGUGGCAUCUGGGUAUGUUGAGUCCAAGCAUGAUCGCUCCUGAACAGAAGGGUCCUGAAUCACAGCUGGUUCUCUGUGUCAGAACUCUUGGUUGCCAUCCAGAACUGCAUAAAAACUAGAAUCAUAGAUUUGUAGAGUUGGAAGGGACCCCAACUCAACCCCCUGUAAUGCAGGAAUCUCAACUCAAGCAUGAUGACAGAUGGCCAUCCAACCUCUGCUUAAAAACCUCCAAGGAAGGAGAGGCCACCACCUUCUGAGGGGGUCCAAUCCUCACUUGAACAGCUCGUACUGCCCUAAAGCUGUUCCUAACAUUUAGUCAGAAUCCUCUUUCUUGUAACUUGAAUCCAUUGGUUCAAGUCUUACGCUCCAGAGCAGGAGAAAGCAAGCUUGUUCCAUCUUCCAUGUGAUGACCUUAAGAUAUUUGAAGAUGGCUCUCAUCUGUCCCAUCAGUUUCCUCUUUUUCAGGCUAAACAUACCCAACUCUCUCUACUGUUCCUCAUAAGACUUGCUCCAUAAGACCUGGGGCUCUUUAUUAUUUUAUUGCCCCUAUUUAUUUAUUUAUUUAUUUAUUGCAUUCAUAUCCCACAUUUUUCUACAAGGAGCUCUUUCCCUCCACCCUUAACCCCCUUAAUCCCCACAACAACAACGCCCAAAUUAAGAUUUGAACCCUGGUCUCUCCCAGGCCCUAGUCUGCAAUACCACAUUGACUCAGCUGGGGUUCCUUCUCCACACAAAUGGGCUCUGGGAUGGGGUGUUGAGGCUGGGGGAAGGGUGUGGAAUGGACCUAAAGUUCUUGCCCAUUUCCCACUUGGGGUGGGAAAGAAGUGCAGGAAGUGAUCAUGAAGGUAGCAUUAGGAAGAGUGUUGGGACUUCCUGGAGACAAGGUAGGAGGCUGUAGCUAGAAGCCGCUCAUAUGGGCUCUUACAACCCCUGGCUGCUCUAUUCUCUAGGAAAAGCCCCUGAACAGGUGAAGGACCAGUGUGUGGUGCUAAGUCUGCAGCCCACCAAUAUGGCCCAACAUGGGACGUGGCAGACCAGACCGUGCAAUGAGCGUCCUACGACCGAAAUAACAGGAUUUGUCUGCCAGCACAGAUAUGGUGAGUGCCAUAGAUGCUCAAGGGCAACAGAGGGGCCGCAGACAGGCUGGAGCAGACAGAGAGAGAGAGCUGCCUCUUAACUCCUCUCUUCUCAUGAGUGGAGAAAAGGGGAGCUAAAAUCACAAAGCAAUUUGCAGUAUAAAAGCACCACUCAGGUGUGAAACUGUUGGAUUUUCAUCUGAAAUGCUGGACAUCAUCUCAAGGAAAGCAGCUGAUAAUAAUGAUAGCGAUAACAAUAUCGGUAACGGUAACCAGAACUGUAACCAUAACCAUAACCGUAACAGUAUGAUAUCGAUUAACGACAACGAUAAACAUAACGGUAACGAUAAUGGUAACGGUAACAGUAACAAUGUUAUUAAUUGUACUCUGCUCCAGCCACUCUGAGAUCCAAGGAAUUGCAAACCCCUAAUUAGCAAAUUCCUGAUAAAUUAGGUAGAAAGACUAGAGGAACAGACUAUGCAAAGGGCUGGCAACAAACCUGUGAAGGACUGAGUUGACAGUUUGAGACAAAAUCCCUUUCCAAAGGCUUUUAUGGGAAAUCUUGGAGGAAAGCCCUUAUGUAGGGGGAUAGCUUUCAUCCCCUUGAAUUAUAAUUAUAAUUAUUUAAAUUAUGCCACCCUUAUAUAAAUUAUAUGCCACCCUUCAUCAAGAUCUCAGGGUGGUUUACAAGAGGCAAUUCAAAAAAGGCAUGCUCAUUUUGAUUUCAGAAUCGGCAUUUCGUUUCGUAACUGCAUAAAAUCCUUCUGAAAGAUAAAAGAAUCUGGAUUUGGGGGACAAGUUUGGGAACCUCAGAUUCCACAUGUGAAUUUUUGUAGGUCACUGCCCCUCCCAAUCCCUUUUGCCUCGGCAGGGGGUGGGGGGAGAGGCAGUGGCUGAGUUCUAGGGGGCUGAUCCAAAAGGCGGGUGGGCUUCUUGUGGGAUGGAGUCCUCCGAGGCUUCCUCUCACAGGCUCUGAAUGAAAUGAGUGUUGGGAGUCCUUGAGUCGAGCUCCACCAAUAACAGCAGGCUCCUCCACCUUCCCUUCCCUGGGCCUAAUUUGCUCCCAUCUCUAUUGCCAGAUUUUUGUGGUCCGCCGGAGCCUGUGUACUUUCCCCUCCCUGGAGGGAUAGGUCCGCAUUCCACAGCUGAUGUCACCUUCUCUUUCCCUGGUCAUUCUUCCUGCACCCUGUCCUUGGCUGGCCUCCACACCGAUGCCACUCAUUUCCGACUAAGCCUGGAGUCCAAUGCCACCCACGUGCGUGGCAGUGUCACCACAGAUCUCAGCGGCUCCCUGGAGCGCAAGAACUUUUCUGGGGUGCCCUUUUCGCCUGGGCUGUUCAGCACAUGGAGCCUCUUCACUUACCCUGACGGCCUCGCAAGCUUCUUGGACCACCAGGAGCAUUUCCGUCUCUCCAGCGACCAAGACAUUCCCUUUGCAAACCUCGGCUCCUUGAGGAUAAUAGGAGCAACCGUGGCCAACGCGUCUCUAGGUAGGUUGGGGUGGAUUUUUUGGGGGGGGGACACACAAAGAAGAGUCCCCCUUGCUUUUGAACCAGCAGAAGGUGGGCAAACAUUGAUGUUUCUGUAAAGAGACAUGGGGGGGUCCCUGCAGCAAGCCGCUUCCACCUGGUUUCCUUGGAAUUCAUGUCAACAGAGGCCAAUGAAGUUUCUGCACUGUCAGGUUCUCUCCUUGACAUAUAUCUGCUAGCUGAGCAUGAUAGUCAGAAAUCUGCAAGCAGUGCAACCUUUCCUUUGCAUGUUGCAAGACUGCCAGCUUUUUCUUUCUCUUUUUUUGCAUGCACAGACACCAUUUUCCAUGCACAGACACCAUCACCUCCAACAAGGGGGGGGGGCAGUACAACCAAUCAUGGUGUAGUGGUUAGAGUGUCAGGUUUUGGACCUGGGAGAUCAGGGUUCAACUCCCCACUCAGUCAUGAAGCUCACUGGGUGACCUUGGAGUCAGCCGCAGCCUCUUAGCCUACCCUGCAGGCUCGUUGUAGGGAUUGACUGAGGAGGGGGGGUGAACUAUGAACUCCUUGGAGAAAAAGGUGGGAGAUAAAUGAAAUAAAUGAAAUAAAUGAGCCUUUCUGCUCACUUGCUUGCAUAAGAAAGCUGGAGAGUCAGGUGGAGAUCACCAACCUGGUGCCCAGAGAUCUUGACGCAGUCGCAAUUGGACCUGUGCCAGUCUCAAAGUGCGACUGACCUGCAGCCCACCCUCUCAAUUCCCUCCAAGUCCACCACUGAUUGUUUCCAGGAAUAGCUGAAGGAGGGCAGGAAAAGGCUACAAAGGCUUUUUGUGCUUUCCCAGAGAAUCUGCAAAGGAGGGUGCUCACAUUGUUGGGUAAGUUCAGAGGCUGACCUCUUUGCCUUCCCUUCCAGAGUAUCGCCUUUCUUUUGACCUACACUUCCCCAGCAGUGGCAGCAGCCUGCAGCUGGAAGAUGCCAUACGCCGCUACCUCAACAACUUCACCAUCGGGCUGUGGGUUCGAAGUCAACCUGCUGCUGCUGCCACCAGCUCCCGCAAGAUGUGCCUGGUCAGCUAUGCGCUGAAGUGGAGGCAGCCAGAGUUUGCCCUCUUCCUCCUCUCCCCCUCUGGGCUGGAGUUCCACAUCAAGGGGUAAGCAGGAGGUCCCUCCACUGGCAAUGAUGGUUUUAAAUGAUGCUUCCCUCCCAGCUUUUGGUCUUGGAUGUGGUUUUGAGGUUUUGUGACAUUUUAUAUGGGGUUUCUAUACUGUGUGUGUAUAAUGCUAUAUAUUACAUAUCUCCACAAUUCUAUGAUUCUAUGUCCUUUGCUGCCGCUCUAACUUGGGCACCAAAAUGUUUCGAGCUGGUGGCGCAGCCCUCUCACCAUCCCAGUUGCCAGGAAGCCACUAAGUUUCUUUGUACUCCAAAUGUCCAUUAUGUGAGGGGGAUAGCUCAGCUGGCAGAGCAUGCGACCCUUAAUCUCAAGGUCGUAGGUUUGAGCCCCACAUUGGGAAAAAGAUUUUUGCACUGCAAGGGGUUGAACUAGAUGACCCUCAUGGUCCCUUCCAGCUCUAUGAUUCUAUUAUCCCAGUUCCCUGUAUUCUUUGGGUGUGGGAGGGAGUCGUGUGCUUUAAAUGUGCUUGAUGUGGAUGUGGCCUCAGUUAAGGAGAGUUUCAUCAACGAGCCACCUACCAAGCAAUUUACAGCAAUUCCAAAAUUAUAAUUUUUGACCUCAUGACUAUAAAUGAUGUGAUCUGAACAAGCCAGGAAGCUGGCAUGAAAUGUAUUCUUUGAAAUGCAUUUGCUGAUUUAUCUGCACACAUCCCAGCCUGAGCAUGGAAAGGUAAAAGUGAUCCACAGUGAUCCAUGCGACGGUCAUCUCCAGGCUAGACUACUGUAAUUCGCUCUAUGCGGGGCUGCCCUUGAAGCUGUCCCAGAAACUCCAGCGGGUGCAGAAUGCUGCAGCGAGGCUCCUCACGGGGUCUCUGCCAUGGGAGCAUAUUCACCCAGUGCUUUUCCAUCUGCACUGGCUCCCGGUGGAGUACAGGGUCAGAUUUAAGGUGCUGCUUUUGACCUUUAAAGCCCUUCACGGCCUAGGACCCUCGUACCUAUGGGACCGCCUCUCCCGGUAAACCCCAUGGAGAGCCUCAAGGUUCAUAAAUAGCAACACCCUAGAGGUUCCAGGCCCUAAGGAAGUUAGAUUGGCUUCAACCAGAGCCAGGGCCUUUUCAACUCUGGCUCCGGUCUGGUGGAACGCUCUGCCUCAUGAGACCAGGGCCCUGCAGGAUCUGAUUUCUUUCCGCAGGGCCUGUAAGACAGAGUUGUUCCACCUGGCCUUUGGCUUGGAGCCAAUUUGAUUCCCUCCCUCUCUUUCUUUUUUCUUUUCCUUCUCCUCCUGCGAUGAGGCUACGUUUUAAUAUUUUAAUGUUUCAGUAUUUUAAUGCUGUAUUUUAAUUUUGUUUUUAAGUUGUAAUCAUUCAACUUGUUUUUAUUAUUGCUUGUAAGCCGCUCUGAGCCCGGCCUUGGCUGGGGAGGGUGGGGUAUAAAUAAAAAUAAUUAUAAUUAUUAUUAUUUUUAUUGUUGUUGUUGUUGUUAGAGCAUGAGACUCUUAAUCUUAGGGUUGUGGGUUUGAGCCCCAUAAUGGGCAAAAUAUUCCUGCACUGCAGAGGGUUGGACUAGCUGACCCUUGCUGUCCAUUCCACUUCUAUGAUUCUAUCACUUCUUCCCGGUUUCUCUUUGCAGGUCAGUGAUGUUCAGCGGCUCCCUUCUGGGCUCCCUUCUGGAUGGAUCCUGGCACCAUGUGGCCGUCUCAGUCUCCAGCGCUCCUGGCUACCCGUCCUUCAAGGUCUUCGUGGAUGGAUUUCUCUGGGAGCCCCACUUCGCUGAGAGUAGGAGCUUCCUGAGGAAGGGGCUCUCCCUUGGGGGGAAGCUGAUAAUUGGACAGCUGGAAGUGGGCAGCAGAGGUAAGUCCCUCCGUUGCUCAGAGGCUGUAGGCUUGCCCUGUGGCUGUAGUAUAGAAACCCCAUAUAAAAUGUCAUAAAACCUCAAAACCACAUCCAAGACCAAAAUCUGGGAAGAGAGCAUCAUUUAAAACCAUCAUUGCAAGUGGAGGGACCUCCUGCUUACCCCUUGAUGUGGAACUCCAGCCCCGAGGGGGAGAGGAGGAAGAGGGCAAACUCUGGCUGCCUCCACUUCAGCGCAUAGCUGACCAGGCACAUCUUGUGGGAGCUGGUGGCAGCAGCAGCAGCAGCAGGUUGACCUUGAACCCACAGCCCAAUGGUGAAGUUGUUAAGGUAGUGGCGAAUGGCAUCUUCCAACUGCAGGCUGCUGCCACCACUGGGGAAGCGUAGAUCAAAAGAUCCCCCCUCAAAGGCUGGGCCCAUAACAAAGACUUGGGGAAAAGCCGUAGCCCCUCCAUCUCUCACCUCCAUGCCCCCACAUCACUGGUCCUCCUCUCUGGGCAAUAAGGGGCUCUUACCACAUCCUUGCAUGUUGGGGCUGCAUUUUAGGGACCAGCCUCUUUGUGGGUGACCUGAGUGAAGUCAACCUGUGGGACCGAGCCUUGCCCGAGAUUUCCAUAAAGCAGCUGGCAGCCUCAAGGACUCGGUGGAAGUUCCCUGGGAACGUGGUGAGCUGGAGCACACUGGUAGCAAAGAAGCCUUCCUCUGUGCAAAUCAGCACUGCAAGCCAAGACCCAGGUGAGUGGGCUGGUACAGCCAGAUAUAUAAGCUAAUCGCCAAAUGGCACCUUAAACCUAAGUUACAGUCGCCGCAAUGGAAUGCCUAGGGACCAACUCCCCCCCCCCCAAUGAAUAUUGUUUUUGUUUUUGUUGCUAUCAUUUCUAUACCGCUUUAUAUUUUAAAGGAAAAAUCUCAAAGCGGUUGACAACACAUUAAAACAUCCCAUCAAACAAUUCAGAAUAAAACAAAUUCAAGCACCUAGGGAAAUAUUUCAGAACCUUUCAGUGACAUUUAGCUUUCCCCAUACUUGUUGACCAACUUAAUUAAAAGAGCUGCUCCAUAGCAGAAGUAAAUCUAGGAAGCCAGUGUGCUGUAGUGGUUAGAGUGUCAAAACAGGACCUUGGGAGAACAGGGUUCAGAUCCCCAGCCAGCCAGCCAUGAAGCUCAUUGAGUAACCUUGGAGUCAGUCGCAGCCUCUUAACCUACCUCACAGGGUUGUUGUAGGCAAUGACUGAGGAGGGAGUGAACCAUGGAGUCCUUGGAGGAAAAGGUGGGCUAUAAAUGCAAUAAAUAAGCUCUUCUACCUACCUGCUUGGGACGCGGGUGGCGCUGUGGUCUAAACCACCGAGCCUAGGGCUUGCCGAUCAGAAGGUUGGCGGUUCGAAUCCCUGCGACAGGGUGAGCUCCUGUUGUUCGGUUCCAGCUUCUGCCCACCUAGCAAUUCGAAAGCACAUCAAAGUUCAAGUAGAUAAAUAGGUACCACUCCAGCAGGAAGGUAAACGGCGUUUCUGUGCGCUGCUCUGGUUUCGCCAGAAGUGGCUUAGUCAUGCUGGCCACAUGACCCAGAAAAACUGGACAAACGCCAGCUCCCUUUGUCUAUAGAGCGAGAUGAGCGCACAACCCCAGAGUCGUCCACGACUGGACCUAACUGUCAGGGUAUCUUUACCUUUACCUUUACCUACCUGCUUAAGAAAGAAGGGCCAGCCAGAUGGAGAGGUAGUUGCCAACCUGCCAUCCAGAGAUUGCCACGUGGUCGCAACUGGACCUGUGCCAGUCACGAAACGUCCCUGGCGCCUGGCGAAUUUAAAACACUGGAUGAAGCCCAGGAACAAAGGGGGGGGUGAGGGCAGGCAGCAGCUUGGGCUACUAAGGGGACUGUGUGAUGUCACCAUGUGACCUUCAUCUUGGGUUGUGGGCAGCAGCUUUUAGCUCCUGUGAGACAUGGGCUCCGGACUGAGAGGAGAUAUGAAAGCUAUCUUCAGAUAUCUCAAGGGCAGUCACAUGGAAGGUGGAGCAAGCUUUGUUUUCUCCCACUCCGAAGGGUAGGGCUCAAAGCAAUGGCUAUAAGUUACAAGAAAGGAGAUCCCGACUAAGCAUUCUGUCAUAAGGAGUGCUCAACAGUGGAAUGGACUUCAUCUGAAGAUGGUAGACUCUCCUUCCUUGAAUGUUUUUAAGCAGAGGUUGGAUGCUUGAACUGAGAUUCCUACAUUGCAGGGGGUUGGGCUAGAUGACCCUCGGGGUCCCUUCCAACUCUAUGAUUCUGUGAUUCACCACAGGCACUGUCUUCGUGUGGUUUGGGUUCCUUCGGCUCAGAGGCAAGCAGUCAGCCCUGUGCACCGAUCCAGAGCAGUCCCUGGUCUAUAUUGAGCUUGCGCUGGACCAGCGCCUCAAAUGUGCUUUCUGGGGGCUGCAGCCAAAUGGUCGACUCCGCAACAUCGCAGACCCUCCUUCCUGUCUUCAGGUAAAUGGAACUGGCACUCUCUCUCCUGAAUGACGUCAGGGAAUAAACUCUUUGGUAAUGGCGGAAUGAGGGGUGCAGGAAGAAUAGCCCCUAUUUAUUUAUUUAUUUAUUUGCAUUCUUUGACUGCUUUUAAUCUCAGUCGUCUCUCUCCAGUCUCUCAAAUCUACAGGGUGAAAGCAUUUUUAUGAUAUUGGUUAAUUUGAAGCAGUUGCUAGAUCACAGCAACUCCUUUUCCAGUUUUUAUUUAUGUUAUUUAUGUUCUUUUAUUUAUGUUCUAAAUUUUUCUUAAGUCACAGUAGAACACACACAGAGUCUCUGUUUUCACAUCACUGAAUCGUUCCAACAAAGCAGUAUGUUGUAGGCAAUAAGGGGUCACCCAGACUGCUUUCGAUUCACACCCCUUAAAGCAGCUUAAAUUUAUACAAGCUUCUUUUUAGGAGCUGAUUGGUUCUCUCUCACACACACACACAUUUAUUUCCCCUCCGCUCCCGAGAAAAAUGAAUAGGAAGACAAGCAGGGGGUGGGGUCCUUUGCAGGGGGUGCCAACACCCCAAAUGCUUUAGGGAAAGAAAUGCAAGACUCCGGGAGUAGCUUGAUAGUGCUUCAAAACAACCUGCUCUGGGAUAGUUCAGGGUCAUGGUUUUGAGCCCCAUGGUGGGCCAAAUAAUCUUGCAUAACAGAGCAUUGGAAUACAGUGGUACCUUGGUUCUCGAACGGCUUAUUUGUUGAACAAAUCGGCUCCCAAAUGCUGCAAACCCGGAAGUAAGUGUUCUGGUUUGCAACGUUUUAAAGGAAGUCAACUGCAGCUUCCGCUUGGGGGAAGGAAGCUCCUGCAGCCAAUCAGAAGCCGCGCCUUGGUUUUCGAAUGGUUUCAGGAGUUGAACAGACUUCCAGAACGGAUUAAGUUCGACAACCAAGGUACCACUGUAGAUGACCCUUGUGGUACCUUCCAGCUCCACAUUCUAUGAUUCUAUGUACCUUUGGGCGGGGGAACCACACUGGCUCUUCUGCUUAUUUUCCAGCAUGAACCUGGGGAGACGGACGGGGCAACAGGAGAUUCCUCACCCUGAUGGUGGUGGGGGCCUCUUGGCUAAGUCCUGGGGUGUUGCUCAUGCAUCUACCUAUCACCAAGGCAUUUCAAAAAACCAACAAUUAAUUAAUUACAUUGAUAUACCCUGCUUCAUCCGAAGAUCUCAGGGCAGUUCAAAAGAUUAAAGAACAGGAUAAAAGCACAAAUUAAUCGUUUGAACAGAAACAAAACAAAACAAAUAAAACAAAAACAGCCUUUAAAACACAUUUAAAAGGCUGCAGAAUAUUAAUCAGCCCACAAUGUUAUUUUUGGAAAGGUGAAGACUCACUGCACAGAUAUACAUAAAAGGUCAGUGUUGUUGUUGUUGUUUUAAAUGGAACACAAUGUUUUAAAAAUUUUGGUGCAGACUUCCUCGCUGACCAACCGUUUGACUUGGUGGCAGGUAGCCUCAGUGGCAAAGGCAGUCUCUCUUCCCCUCACAUCAGCUUUAUACCCACCAUACUUCAUUUAAAACACCUCCCGUUCCAAAAGGGUGCUGGGAAUUGUAGCUUUGUGAGGGCUGAACUACAGUUCCCAAUAUUUUUUAAAGGAAGGAGAUGAGCGUCUGGGAUAUGGCACACAUGCAGCCACCAGCACUGCUGGUUUGAAACCAGCUUGGAACAGCAUCCACUGCCCUGCAUUUCCCAGCUCUAGAAAUUGCAUUUUUGUGUGAGUGCUGCUAUUCUUUCUAGGUGUUCCUUGUCCCUUUCACAGAAAAACUACUUGCUUAGGAGUCAUGAGAGUUAAAUAGAUUUAAGUCUGUAGUUUCAGAGUGACAUCUCAAGGCAGUUUUUAAAUGUUUGAUUGUUUUGCUGUGUUUUUAUAUUCUGUUGGAAGUUGCCCAGAGUAGCUGGGACAACCCAAUCUGAUGGGCGGUGUAAAAAUAAUAAAAUUAUUACUAAAUUAUUAUUACAAAGAAAGGGGCUCUAAUUCCUGUGGAGUAUCUCUGUGUGAGUUCUUGUGCCAGCUUGCCGAUGAGCUCAGUUGUUUGUGGGUUUUCCCCCUUCAAUAAUUAGUUUUCAGUUACAAUAAUCCAAUGGUAGCCUCAUUAUAACAAUGCCAAGUUAUAAUACAGUUUCUAACCCCAGUCAUUCAGAUGCCAAAUUAUAUAAUUUAGGUGGCCUUCCGCAUACUAGAAUUGAUGGUUUGAUGAUUUACUUUGUUUCUGUGUUCCAAAAUCUUAUUGAUCUCAAUUCCAUUCCAUUCAAAAUAACACUCCCUUAUACAACAACUGCAAUAUUAACGGCAUCCGUUCAUCUUGACACAUUAAAUGAUUUACAAAUCUGUAGGUGAAGCACUCAAACUAUAUCCUUAUUCCUUCUGUGUGUGACAAUUAUUCUGUCCAUUGUGUUCCUUCCUGUCCGGUUAGCUCAGUUGUUAAAAGUGUGAUGCUAAUAAUGCCAAGAUUAUGGGUUUGAUCCCCGUAUAGGUUCAUAUUCCUGCAUUGCAGGGGGUUGGACUAGAUGAUCCAAUGGGUCCCUUCCAACUCUCUGAUUCUGUGAUUCAUGCAGGCUUCUCCCCUGUUCUCUGUGCAGGUGGCACCAGACGGAGUCUCCUUGUUGAGCAGUUCAGACUGUUCCACGGACACCAAGAGCUCCUUUCGCCUCUUACCGGACCAGCGGCUGCAGAAUCUGCACUUGGGGUUCUGCGUGUUUCAAGGAGUCAUUCAUACCAAGCUCUACCUGGGGAAGUGCACCCCACAGGCAUUGUACUUUGUGCUGGAUCGGGGUGUGUUCUUUAAAAAGUAUACUUGCCCCUCCCUUCCUCCAAGGAGCUCAGGGCAGGAGACUCCUCCCUCCCCUUUCACAUUUUAUCUUCACCACAACCCUGCAUGGUAGGAGGCUUGGGUGAGGCAGAAUGACUGACACAACACCUGGUGCUUCAUUGGGGCCCAUCUCACACAGCCAACAGUUUGGACUGCUUCAUUUUGCUGUGGGGAGGGGUGAGCUGUGAUGAGCCCAGCUGGUGUGUGUGCAAAAGGAAGCCUGAUGUGUUUGUUAGCAGACUUUGCAGGUUGUGUGAAUUAGAUUGGCGUAAUCACUUACAGUUUCUGGAGUUCAAAGGCUUUAUUCAUGCAAGAACUAUUUAUAGGCUGGGCGGAGAUGAGAGAGAGAAAGACAUUUUGUCAGGACAGAAUAAAAACAAAAUAGCUCAGGGUUAAGGGGCAGAGUAAACAGAGGCCACAAGCAAGUGCUGACUAGAUUGUUAGACAAACAGUGCCUUGUAUGGUUUAAAGUAACACAUGUAGAAAUUCAGUGAGAAGGAAAUGUAUUUGUUUUUCUCCAACGGUGUGCACAUCAUGCUCUUUGCCAUUUCCUCCUGCAGAUGUGUACUGCCCCCAGUCCAGGGCCUGGAGAUCCAGGAAGGACAAAUGCCUCUUCCUUGUCUUGGAUGCGGCCCUUGAGUGGAGCCAGGCCCUGAAGUUCUGCCAGAGGUUCCACGGUGGGAGCCUGGCCACGCUGAGCAACCCACAAGAUCUGGUGAGCAGUUGCUCUGGUCUGAGCACAGGGAGUAUCUGAAAUGGCACCCAGGGCUGCCAAGAGUCAUUUGGGCCCCAGGGAAGAAAAAACAAAUGGGGCCCCCACCCAGCAAGGGCUGGCCAGCUAAAAGUAUUUACACAGGAUAUAAAAUAAAUUUGUAAUCUCAUUUUUAUGUUAAUAAUAAACACGAUAACAUUUGCUUGAAUUCAUUUCAUUCUGGAUUGUUUGAUUGGAUGUUUAUUUUUAUUUUUUUAAAAAAAUUAUUAGGAAUUUCAAUUUCAAUAACAAUUUAUCAACAAUACAUCAUCCUCAUUUUCCCCCAUUUCCCCCCUCCCCCCUCCCCUAAAAAGGAAAAAAAAACCCUCCCCCCCAGACUUCCCUCAGCUCCUCUCUCUGGUUUCUCAGCAUAUGCUAUUCUCUUCAUAUUGUAAAAUGUUAAAGAUCCUUAAUUAAUCUAUCAAUAUGUUACCAAUAAAAAAAAAGUGUAUGUUUAUUCAAAACCUGCCAAGGAGUCCAGUUCAUUUUGUUGUUUCUUUAAGUACUUUGUAAAAGGUUCCCAUUCUUCUUUAAAGUCACAGUUAUCCUUAUCACGUAGUUUGUGUGUCAAUUUCGCCAGUUCCGCGUAAUCCAUCAGUUUCUCUUGCGACAAUUUUUUGGUCGGGAUUUCCUCAUGUUUGAUUGGCUGUUUAAAUGUGUUGUCAACCACUUUGAGAUUUCAUUUAAAAUAUAAAGUCGUAUAUAAAUGAAAUGAAUAAUAAUAAUGACAAUAAUUCCCAAUAGAUUUCCACUGGGGGGAAAUCUGGUGCCAUUGCGGCGACUGUAAAUUAGGUUUAUAUCAAUUGAGUCUCUAACACUGAUCACUCUGCCUCAUGAUAGGGCCGGUCCUACAUAGGUACUGGCACUGGGCUUCCCAGUCUAGGCUCUUUGCGCUCCUCCCAGCAUCUUCUUGGCACUCAGGCCUCUCCACCCUGCUGUCUCUGGUGGCCUUGCACAGUUUGCAUCCUUUGGGGUGUGCUGACCGGCAAGAUAACCCACUGUGUGACUGGCGAAGGAGAAUAACCUUCUGUGUUCCUCCACAGGUCUGGCUGCAGAAAGAGCUGGAGGUGAGUGUCUGGACUGGGCUUCGCAGUGGCAGAGGCUUGUGGCAUUGGGCCGAUGGGGCACCCUUCAACAAAGCCUUGCAACGGUAAGUAAGAACCCCUGAGAAAGAGACUGUGCGGCGGGAUGGGUGGAUUGGGGCCAUUUGUCUAUUAAGACGGCAAUCCUGUGCACACCUGCUUAGAAGUGCAUCUCACGGAACUUAAUAAGAACCACUUCUGAAUAAUCAGUCAAUAAAUAAUAGAAGCAGCUAUAGUGCAGAGAUUGAACACACUCGCUGCCAAGUCAUCUUGCCAUCCGUACAAGAACCCAGUAAGGUUGGCCACUAUCAUUGUCACCAUAUUGCAUGUGGGGGAAGGUAUGGGGAGAGGCUGCAGCUGGGAGAGAGUUAGUUUAUCGUAACCAACUUUCAAAGGAGUUCUAUUUUUAUUUAAUUACUUUUUAUUAUUGUAUUGUAUGUUGAAAAGUCUCAGCCCCCCAAAAAAUUAUCAAAGGAGUUUGAAGUCUCCUAAGGAGCUGUUCAGGUCCUGAAGGUCUGAUAGAUAAGCGUUCAGAGGAGCUGUUUCAUUCACCAAGCUUAUUUUGCCUGGAUCUAGCAAUCGCAAGUCUUGAACAACUUGCUUUGAUUGCCAAGAAGGUUGUCUGAGAAACAUGGGACUGAAGCCAAGCCAAGGGGACGAGAUGUAAAAGUGAGCACCUCAAAAGGGCACAAGUCAGCAGGCCUGCCAGACGCUGUCUCUGGCUUCCCUCACCCUCUCUCAUUCUCUUUGGGGCCAGCUUUGUUCUCCCACAGGGUCCCUCGGACAUAGAAACCUGCAUGCUGGCCCUGAGCUCCGGCUUCCUGAAGGCCGAGCCGUGCCACAGGCCUCACCGCUGGAUAUGCCAGGCCUCCCACCAGAGUGGUAAGCAGAGCUGCUUUGGGCUGCUGACAUUUUUCAUUUCAUAGAAUCCUAGAGUUGGAAGGGACCCCGAAGGUCAUCCAGUCCAACCCCCUGCAACACAGCUGUCCCAUACAGAGAUCGAACCUGCAACCUUGGCAUUAGCAGCACCACACUCUAACCAGCUGAGCUAUCCAGGCUGAGUUUUCAUUUUGGUAUUUAUGGGGCAUUCCUGAAUUGCAGGGGGUUCGACUAAAUAACAACAACAACAACAAUUUUUAUUUAUACCCUGCCCUCCCCAGCCAGAGCCAGGCUCAGGGUGGCUAACACCAAUAAAAUCACAGUAAAAACAUAAUAGGGGAAAGAGAGAGGGAUUUAAAAAAAAAAAAAUACAGGUUAAAAUGCAAUUUAAAAUGCAGCCUCAUUUUAGAAUAGCCGAUAAAUCAAGACCAUAAGGGGAGGGAAACAUAAGAGUCGGACUGAGUCCAAACCAAAGGCCAGGCGGAACAGCUCUGUCUUGCAGGCCCUGUGGAAAGAUGUCAAGUCCCGUAGGGCCCUAGUCUCUUGUGACAGAGUGUUCCACCAUGUUGGGGCCAGUGCUGAAAAGUCCUUGGCCCUAGUUGAAACCAAUCUAACCUCCUUGAGGCUCGGGACCUCCAAAGUGUUGUCAUUUGUAGACCUUAAGGUCCUCCAUGGGGCAUACCAGGAGAGGCGGACCCGUAGGUGCGUGGGUCCUAGGCCGCAUAGGGCUUUAAAGGUCAAAACCAGCACCUUAAACCUGACCCUGUACUCCACCAGGAGCCAGUGCAGUUGGUAAAGCACUGGAUGAAUGUGAUCCCGCGGCAAGGACCCCGUAAGGAGCCCUCAUGGUCCCUUCCAACCCCACAAUUCUAUGAUUCUCCCCUCCCCUCAGGCUCCUACAUGACCUUCCCUGAGAAGUCCUUCUAUGGUGCACCCUCCUUGGACCUGAGCUUCCCUUCGCUGGAGGCUGCCAAGCGGCAGUGCUCUGCCUUGGGCUGGGGGUGUGAUGCCGUGGUCAGCUCCGCAGGGGGCCACCGCCUUGCCAGGGGGACACGCCUUGUGGCCCUGGAAGACCCUGACGCCAGUUCGGCUGCUGCCGUGCAUGUCAAGACGAGCUGCCGGCCCGGCUUCUCUGGCCAGGACUGCCAGUCGAUGUGCCCCCGGUGUGAGCCAGGCCUGAGCUGCAACCCGCUGACGGGCCUCUGCGAUGGAUUCCUGCGCUACAGGGAGGCAGCCGGUAUGUGCAUCUCAAAGCAGUGGGCUAAUGGGGCUCUCCUCCGAGCCGUCCCUAAUGCAGCCACCCUCAAUCCCAUGGAAAAAAAGGUCACAUUUGGAGAAACAGGGUUAAACCAGUCGUGGCACUGGCUCCAACCGCCAGCCCUGGAGCCCUGAGAGGAAGGAGGGCUGGUGGCCUCGUUUGGCACCAUGGAGCCCUUCAGACCUUCUGCUGCUCCCCCCCCCAUAACCUCCCUUGCCACCUGUUUGCUCCCUUGCCCCAGUGCAAAUGGAAUGGCAGGUGCCUUCAAGCUUGUAGCUCUUCCAGAAUAAUAAUAAUAUUUUUUAUUUAUACCCCGCCCUCCCCAGCCAAAGCCGGGCUCAGAGCGGCUUGCCAGGAAGCAUCAUGCCUUCUGACUUAAAAACCCUGCUCCUGAGUGCCAGGAGCCAGGGGGCACCCUGCAGUUACUUGGUGCCCAAGGGUGUGUGGUUGCCGAGCAACCCCCUGGCACCGCGGUCAGCUAGUAAUGGCCAAACCCCUUUCCCUAGCGGCGUAUGCCUCUCUGAAGUGCCUGCCCCUGGAUGACUGGGUGUUUGAGCAUGGAGCCUGCAUGUCCUUGGAGCGCUACAGCAGGCAGGACGAAGCAGCCUCUGCUUGCCAGAGGUACCUGGGUGCUACCGUGCAGAAGGUCAAGGUGAGAUGGGGUCCCUGCUGGAGGCUGGGGGUGGGGGAGGAGGUAGGUUCUGGUGAACUUCUCACAUUGGAACCACCAUAAUUUGACUUGACUAGAGUUGAGAGGGACCCCAAUAGCCAUGGAAUGGGUGUGCUAUGCCAACCUCCUGGAGAUGGGCUGUGGGAAGGGGUCCUGGGUAGUCCUUUUUUUCUAGGAAAAAGGUGCCGGUACUCUGGGUAAUUGCCCUGGGUGCAAAAUUUCCUCAGGGCCAGGAAAAACAAAUACAUGUAAAACAAAUACAUGUAAAACAAUUACAUGAUUUACUGGAACGUCAUUGAGAUCUUGGUAUAUAGUAAAGGUAAAGGGACCCCUGACCGUUAGGUCCAGUCGUGGCCGACUCUGGGGUUGUGGCGCUCAUUAUUGGCCGAGGGAGCUGCCAUACAGCUUCCGGGUCAUGUGACCAGCAUGACUAAGCCGCUUCUGGCGAACCAGAGCAGCACACGGAAACGCCAUUUACCUUCCUGCCAGAGUGGUACCUAUUUAUCUACUUGCAUUUUGACGUGCUUUCGAACUGCUAGGUUGGCAGGAGCAGGGACUGAGCGACAGGAGCUCACCCCGUCGCAGGAAUUCGAACCGCCGACCUUCUGAUCAGCAAGUCCUAGGCUCUGCGGUUUAACCCACAGCGCCACCCGCGUCUCUAUCUUGGUAUAUAGAGAUGCAUUAUAAAUAACUUGCUGCAUUAUGCAUGCCUAUUUUUACCACAGGGGUAACACUGUCCAGCAUUUUGCCAGGACCUGGGCUCGCAUCUCCUUCCCCAAGCCCAGGAAGCAUUUGCCCAGCUUAGGGAAGAAGGCACAAUGCUCUAAGGGGGUCUGCCCGGCUUUGGGAAGGAGGCAGCAGGGCUCCAGAAUCCUGUCACAGCCUCCUGCCUCCUUGGGAAAGGAGGCGUGAUGCUCUGAGGGGUCCAAGAGCCCUUCCUCCUCCUCCCCUCCAAAAAGGUGAUGGCUUUGUGUACCAUUGUGUCCCACCAGAAAAAAAGCACUGAUCCUGGGACAGGCAAAGUACUUUGAACCUGACAUGCCUGAUCUCUCCCGCAACCUCCCCUAGUCUUGCCCCAACCAACCUGGCCAGGGAUCAAGGGGGUGAUGAUGGGAGCCCAGCAACAUCUGACUACCCCACAGGCUAAGCUGCCCCAUCUCUCCCCUUUCUUUCUGUUUUUCAGGCCAGGGCUGGCUUUGCUGGUGGUGAAAGAAGAGACUCAGAGCCAGGCAGCUUCCGUUGGGCUUGCCAGCGACCUGAAGGUGGGAGUAUUCUCUGGGAAGAAAAUAUGAUGAUGAGAAUUUAUUAAAUUUGUAUACCGUAGGUCUCAGGGCGGUUCUCAACAUAAAAUCACAAUAUACAUAAUAAAAACAAGAACAACCCAAUAAUCCCACUGGCUCCCCAAUACAUUUUAAAAGGGCUUUGGAUGUCAGUCAGCCAAAGGCCUGGUUAAGGAGGAACAUUUUUGCCUGGCACCUAAAUCCCCACUCAAUCUGUCAUCUCCUUUGAUGCACUGAGGGGCUUAAUGCCAACGUAUCCUUAUAGCGGAGAGGUGGGGGAUGUUAGGGGUCUUUUGCCCUUUGUCACACUUCAGGGGAUGCCCUCAGGAGCUGAGUUCCAGGCUGCAUACACACCUUAUAUUUAAAGCACAUUAUCCAAUGUACGCUGGGAACUGCAUGUUGUUAAGGGUGCUGGGGGGUUCUAGCUCUGUGAGGGGUAAACUACAGUUCCCAGUUUUCGGGUGGAGGAAAUGUGCCUUAAGUCGCCUUGUUCUGUACAUUGCCAGGAAGAGCUUUCACUUUAUUUCUCCCGCUUCAUGGCAUCCCCACACAGAUGUGGACCUGCCAUCUUUCAGGGAGAAGCUGCUCCUUCCUCAGCAGGGCUCGGCCCCCCAGCAGAGGCGAGCGUCGCUGCAGGAAGCCAAGGACGCCUGCUACCUGCGGAAGGAGGGCUGCACGGGGCUGCUGAGACUUAGCGGGGCCUAUUACCUGGUGGCAGGGACGGUGUUGGUGGACAGCCCUGGCUCGGGCGCCAUCCUCUACGUGAAGGCAGGUGAGUGGCUGCUUCUGCUGCAUUUGAGAUGCAGGAGGACAGGGAGGAGGUUGGGAAGAGGGAAUAGUAGUGGGUUGGUAGAUCGGGGGCUGGAACACCUUCCUCCCUCCAUUUCAGGGAUGCCCCUGAACACUGCACAGCCCAGCAAGGUGCUUUAAAUGUGUCUUGUGGUGGCAGGUUAAAGGCCAACCCAGUGUAUGGCAGUCUGAGCUUGUGUGGAUUAGAAGCCCCUUUGUCAAUGGAUUUCAGGAGCCUCUCCCAGAAUAAAUUCAUGCCUGGCUUACUGCCCUUUGACCCAUCCUACCUGGGCUGAGGAAUGUUUGCAGGUUCAGCUGCAUGAGAAGACAGGAGAUGUCUCCCAUUCUGCCUCUGCCUGUGCCCUGUUUCCAAGAGUGGCCAGUCAGAUGCUUCCAGGGAGCCCCCAAUGAGGACUGGGAGGCAAUUUUAUUAUUUACUGCUUAUUUAUUUCAGCCCAAGAGGCUUGCAGUUAAAACAAGGCAGUCCCUGCAGGCUUACAAUCUAAAAAUCACAACAGACACACACAAGGGGAAAGGGGCAGGGAGGGGAGAGAGAAGCAGCCCUUCUCUGAUGGUCUUCAGAGGCUGACUUGAAAGAGAGAUCCCACUCUGAUGUCAAUAAAAGCUUAAGAUUUGCUGGAGAGGACCAAAGACCUGGUGGCUAAACACAUCACACAAGGCACGAAGGCAGCCCUAACCCCACCUGGCCAGUACUGAGACUUUCCUCCCUAGUCCAGUGCUGUGAGAGGCUUCCUUAUUGAGGCUGGCCAUUCCUCCUGUGUGUUGGUGUGUGCCUGUGCUGCCAGGUUCAAAGGAUGAGCUUCAAGGCUGCAGGAUCUGACCCCUGACACCUCCAGUGACUUCUGCAGGGCCUCCAGCAGACAUCCAGAGUAUCGUGAGGCCAGUCAGAGGGGCUGGUGUCUCCAGGUAGCUCACUGCCUUAACCGACAACUCUCUGUCCUUGCAGCCUGCUCCCCCAGCUUCUGUGGGGAUGGGUGCCGGCGGCGCUGCUCUCCGUGCUUGAGCACAUCGACCUACAACCCCCUGACGGGCCAAUGCGAUGGGCGCCACCUGCGCUGCAUCCGUCGCUUCACCCCCUCGUGCCUUCAUGGUAAGUUUGGGGGGCGGGGCGGAAUAUGAGUGACAUAAAAAUGCUGCGGCAUGACUGAGUGAGGCCUUGUUGGCAUAUGACACCUGCGCUCAGAGAUCUGCCCUGGUUGCUGAUUUGCUCCUGCACCAAGUUCAAGGUGUUGCCAUUUGCAUAUAAAGCCCAUGGCAACUUGGGACCAGUUUACCUACGAGAUUGUGUGAUUACAUGUGCCUAUCAACUGCUUAAAAGGUAAAGGUAAAGGGACCCCUGACCAUUAGGUCCAGUCAUGACCGACUUGGCAUAAUUGGCAUUGCUACAGGUGCCACAGAUACACUUUGUUAUAGCGGUGUGUGGGGGUGUGUACAAUUUGACAACAAAACAUACAAAUUCUAUAGCAAAACCAAAAAUAACAUCAAAUUGACCUCCCCUCCCCCUCUCAUCUGUGGUUUCUUUCAUUUUAUCUUUACUGCUGCAUAUCCAAACCAAUACCUUAUUAUUUCUUUUCUCUAAUAAUUUCCUUGAGUUAUCUUUACUGCUCAUUUUACAUUAACCUUGCUAAUGUUUUAAGUUGUUUACAAUUUUUUAAAAAAUACUCAGUAAAUUUCCCCCAGUCUUAGUUAAAUUUCUUUCUCCCUGGUUCCUUACUCCUCCCAUCGAAGUUUAGCCAUCUCCACAUACUCCACCAAGCACCUACACUUUGGAACUCACUGCCUAUUGAGAUCAAGCAGGCGCCUUCACUGUACUCUUUUCAGCACCUGCUAAAAACAUCCUUGUUUAGGCAACCCUAGCCAGGUGUUUGGAAAGUGGAUGUGAAUUUCUGUCUGUUUUAGUACUUUAACUUCUGUAUGUUUAAAAGUAUUAUUGUUAAUUUUCUUGAUGUUACUGUUUUAUUUUUGGGUAAGCCACUUUGAAGUGUGUGGCUUUUUUUUAAAAAAAAGCAGUGUAUCUUUUUUUAAUGAAAUAAAUAAGUACAAGGCAGGCCUUUUUUUGCUCCAUGAACUCCCACUGUUGGACGCAUUUCUUUAGCUUAAUCAUUUAUGCUCAUCUUUUCUGUUAAUAAAAUAAGCCAAGUGGCUUUGUGAUAAAAGGGAAAGUCAACAUAGAAAAACAAAACAAUACAUCAUUGGAAAUAACAACAUCGUCAAGAGGCAGCACUACAACUUCACAGAGAACAGGCAGGCUGGCAGGUUAGAGUCAGGGUCACAUUGCGAAGCUACUACUGCCCUGCCUAUGGUUGUUUUCCAGGUUUGGUGAGCUCGAGAUGUCCACAUGCUCCUGGCUGGUGGUUCUGGGAUGGUCACUGCUAUUAUGUGGAGGAGCACAGCUUCAAGAACUGGCAGGGGGCAAAAGCCGCCUGCCAGACAUAUGGAAAAGACGUGGGCCUCCUGACCCUCAGCAGUGCCAAGGAAAAGGCAGGUUGGGAGCUAGUCAUGCUCCCAGGUGGCAUGGCUGGCGCUCCAUGUGGGGUAGCUGCCAGUAAGCUUGCGUGGCCCAGUUCAAGGCCAGUAUAUGAAGCCCUAAAUGACUUGGGCCCAUGCACCUUCCCCAUUGCCAACCAUCUUGGACUCUGCAAAAUCAGUAGGUGAAGCCUAUUCAGGGAUGUUACUACAGGGCCUUUUCAGUGGUGGCUCCCAUUUUGUGGAGUGCCCUCCUCACUACUGACUUUUAGGAGGAAAUUUCCAAGCAUUCCUGUUUGCCAGGCAUUUGACGGCUGAAGGACAAUGUUCCUGGCAACCAACCCUCAGAUCACUGGGCGGGAGAACGUUUCCCACUUUUGGGAGGCUGUUCUAACUCUUUAUAGGUGUUUAUACCUACAAACAUUUUGUUUCAAUAUAUGAAGCUAUGAAGCACAUUGCUGCCGCCAGAGAGCUGAAUGUUCUCCCCCUCCAGGCCUGGAUAGCAGCCAUGGUGCAGAAGAACAGCUGGACGGGGCUGAAUGAUGUCGAUAGAGACGGGACUUGGACAUGGGCAGAGGGCCAAGCAGCCAACCUCUCUUCUCCCUGGUGAGUGUUUUGGGGGCAGGUGGCUGCCUUCAAGCAGACAUGGGCAACCAGACCAGCAUUGACAGGAAAGACUCCCUCUAUGCUGGGCCAAGGAUUGAACCCAGGACCUCCAGCCGGCGUGGCCUGUCCUGUUUCGCUGCCUGAGGCAAAGCAUGAAGGUGCUACCCAUGCUGUCCCCAAUUACUGGGGUGUGUGGCUAUGGCUUCUGGGUUCUGUCAAGGUCUUGCGAGCAUCCCAUGAGAUCACGUGCUGUUCUUGCAAGAUCACCCUGGAAGCUGCUACUGCUUCAGUGGAGACAGUGGUGGUGGUGGGAUUCACACCCAUGGAGGGGCCCCUUGGAUUCUGUCACCUGAGGCAGCUACCUCAGUCUGCCUCAUGGAGGACCCGGCCCUGUUCUACAGGCAGAGCAGGUGCUUCACCACUGACAGAGGAGAUCCCUUGAUACAUUGGUCCUCUGGCGGCCAACUUACCCAGAACUCCAGCAAACCUGACAGAAUCAUAGCGUUGGAAGGGACCCCAAGGGACAUCUAGUCCAACCCUUAUGCAGCUUCUGAAGGAGCGUCUUUGUCUAGGGAGACUGCGGAGGGACAGUGAUCAUCUCCCUGCAUCUCCUGCCACCACAUUGUCAGAACUGCACCCCCAGCUUGCAAGGCUCAGCUUCACCCCCAGCUUGCAAGGCUCAAUCCAGGUCCCCAUUGUCCUUCCUUCUCUGUCUGGCAUGUGACUUUGGCUUCCUUGGCACCUGCCAUUCCUUGUCGAGAAGUUGGUGGUCCCAGCCACGUGUGACCCAUUUUUGCUUCCCUCGCUAGGUUGGCGGACACACAGCUUGCUACCGGGGGCUGCCUGGAGAUUGGGCCGCAGGGAGAGGGGCAGGUGGCUGCAUCCUCCUGCUCCGAGCUCAAGCCGUGGGUGUGCGAGGGGCCAUUGGGUAAGUGUUUGGCAGGACUUUGGGAGGGGACAAUGUCAUCAGGUCCCAAUGCUCUCACCUGGCUCUCUUGGCCAGAGAGCCUCUGCUCCACUGAAUGGACUUUGGGAAUGAUGGACUAUGGUCAUAAUCAGGGAAAGCGGCUUGGGCCUCAUUCUGGAUAAUAUCCCCCUGCCUCCUCCUCAGCACCCCGGAGUUCCUGUCCGACAGAGCCUGGGUGGAGCCACUGGAAUGGCAGCUGCUACUUCUGGGACCCCUCCUUGGCCAGCGGGUGGCAAGAGGCCCUGCAUGCCUGCCGGAGAUUCAAGAAUACAGAACUGCUGCACCUGACCUCUCCACAAGAGAAGGUAUGGCUUUUCCGUACCAGCAUCUCUCCAGAAGCACAGGGCCCCUCAUGAUGACCUCUGAUGGCAUGCAGCCCAUGGAGUUGGGCUGCAGUUUGCAGAAGACGGCUCCCUCACUGGUCCUCCCCUCAGCCUGCAACCAGGGGCCAAGUGGUGCUUGCCCUAGGGAAGCCGGAGCCCUCUCCUUCCUUGAUAUUGACCUUUCUGGAGAACCCUGUGCCACCCUGUACGUGCCCAACUCUCCCACCCCUCUCCAUGCAGGGAGGCAGGUGAAAGGUCAACUGAGGCAUCAUGGGACGGUUGCUUUCUUUCCACCCACCCUGAGGUUGCGGUUGCCAUGUUUGUUCCAGGACUGGGUCCACUCAAACUUUGGAGGCUCCUUCUGGACGGGCUUGAAUGACCUGAAGGAGGAAUCCGUCUUCCGGUGGACAACACAGGAGCCCCUCAACGAGCAGAUGGCACAGUGAGCACCCGGGUGGCUCCUCCAGGGCCCUUUCCCCCUAGAUAUGACUGCCCUGUGGGUGAAUGGUGCUGGGGAAGGUCAUUCCCCACCAAGCUUGAAGUAGAUCAGCUCAGACAUCCCCCCAACAAUGUCAUUAUUUUGUAAUAGAAAAUAGCUCAGCUUAAUCCAAAAUGACCCAGUCGGCAUUGCGAUGACUGGGCACAUGCGAUGGGAUCCAAUCCCAACCCAACUCCCGUGGGCCUCCUCCCUUAUCCACCAGAGUGUCAGUGGCUGGCAAAACUGCAUUUUCCAUUCCUCCUUGUACCUGGUGUGCUGUUUAGCCAGCCUGCAUCCCUUCUGUCUGUCUGUCUGUCUCUCUUUCUCCCUCCCCUCUGCCUGCUGCCACCAUCAGUGUAGCAACCAAUGAACAAUGGGGCUGGAAGGAACAUAGUUUGAAGGACUGUUGUUGGAUGAGAGCUUAGGGGAAGGAGGGAAGGAAGUGAACACUGCCCUAGCUCAGAUGAGAAUCUGAGCCAUGGAAGAAUCGGUUGGGAGUGUAAUGGUGUUCAUCUCAUAUUUGAGGAAAGCAUUGCAUUUUGAACCAGGAAAUAUGAGAUGUGGCAAUACCUCUGAUGAUGAAUUGAAUUUAUAUGCCCUGGAGUGCUGGCAUCCUAGUUGAGAGCAUUUGCAAAAUUCCUUUUGGAGGCAGCUCUUGUAACACCCCCCCCCCCAGAACACAAACAAGCCUCUUCCUUUUGCUUUUGUGUGUGGGGAAAGGUACCUGAAGGAUGAUAUGGCUGAUGGGGGCCUGAAGGACUGUGUGUGGUUUGACUCAUCAACGGGGCUUCUCAGCGAUGCCAGCUGCAAGGAGGAGAAGCCCUUCCUGUGCAAAUGUAGUGAAGGUAAUUUGUUUAUUUGUUGAAUUUGUGAGUUGCUUUAUCUUGCCCAGGGUAACCCAAAGCUUCCUACAACCAAACCAACCCUCCUUCCCUGAGGAGGGAGCACACAAUCCCCAUCGCUCUUUCUGAAUGCUGAAACCAGGCCCCUGCCCAUGCACAUGCCCUUUUUGAAAACUACCUGAGACCCUGGAGUCUGGCUGUUAUUUUUACUUCUUGGUUAUGAUGGUCUUUUCUUCUGCUCUGCUCUUUCACUGUGCUUUUAUGUGAGUCACUUUUGGGGGUUGUUUUGGGGACGAAAAGCCGCAUUCGAAUGCAUCCGCAAAUAAAUAAUUUUACAACAUGCCAUGUAAACAGGCUCUGUUGGUGGUUUUAAUUGUGGAGCAUUAGCUAAGCUGGCCGCACCAUGUUUCCCUUCCCAGCAGCCACAGAAUGGUUUGAUGAGCAACCUGGCCACGGCGUGGCAGGAGAGCCGUCCGUGCUGUACCCCUCCGCUGAGAGCCUGGAGCAAGCGAAGCAGGACUGCCUGAUGGAGCACAGUGUGUGUGCCGCCGUCCUCCAAACAGGGACUGGCUUCUAUCUGAUAAGCUCCACAGACAGCAUUGUCACCAAGCCAGAUUCAACGCUUUACAGGUGGACCAGUAAGUGGGUCUUGCGUAGGGAUGGGAAGAGAACCCUCUUCGUGUCUUCUGCCUGAAGGACGUGAUGGUUCCUCCUUGCAGAGGAGUGGAGCUUCCAGGUGUAGUGGCAGUGCACUUCUCUCCAGGGAGAAGGAGGUCUCCUUGGGGGCUUUCAGAAGGAUCUCUAAAGCCCCUGUGAGCAGCAGGGAUGCUGGACUAGAUCUUGCCUAGAUCAGCAGGGCUCUUCUUAUGUCCUUGUGAGAGAAAGGCAUCACCAAAGUGUAAUUCUGAACCAUGAUUUACCUUGGAGUCAGCACUGCCUGCCCAGGGGCAGAGUGCCACCCCCAGCAAUCUGCAACAUGCCUGCGUCCUGGCUGCUCCGGUGAGGAGUACGUGCACCAGGUCAUCCAGGUCUGCAAUGCAAAGGCCUUAGGGUCUGUCCAAACUGGGGUUAAUGCAGAUCGUGAACCACUCACGCCUACUUUAUUCCCCCCUCAUCCACGUGGGGGCUCUCCUCCAACAUCUCCUCCCUAAAUCCGGAGAUUCCUUGUGCUUUGAAAAUCCAAACAGGAGAGCUGCGUGGGUUGCAUUAAGCCCAGGUAUGGACAGCCCUUUGUCGAGAGCUGCUUCCAUGUGCAAGACAUGAAACUGGUGUAGCUUUCCCUGUUGAUUAAAGGAAGAACUUCAUCUGCUGGACUUCUGUGCAUCAUGCUGAUGUUAAAGAACAGCGGAAAAGCAAUGGGGGGAAAGUGUCAAGCCAGCUGCAGUCAGUAGGCCAGCCUAAAAGGCGAAGCCACUGUCUAUCUCGUCCUCCUUUCUCUGCCCUCAUUGGCUUGCCUGAGAGCCAAGUUGAAAUAACAACAGCAACAGUUGCUCAAGUCAGGUGUUUGAUGAGAACAUCCUGCUGGCUUUUAAUGCUGUGUGUUAUGUGGCGAAGCCCCAGAAACAUGGUUGCUUGGAGGAGAGACCUGUGUGAUGUCAGCUGCUUCUGGGGCGACCAUGCCCUUCCCUCUCAUGCCUGAGCCCUGCUGCACUCAUUUGCUCUGUUUCCUUUCAGUCUGUGCAGAGGGCUUCAGCGGCCCCUCCUGUCAUAGGGCCUCGGCACCCCCACCACGACCUGCCUGCGACUGCAGCGGCCAAUUCCAGACAACGGCUGAGAAAGGUGAGGGAGCCGGCAGUCGUUGUCACAGAGCCUCUCUUGGGGAGCAGCAGUGGCUCAAGAAACUCAUUUUUUGUGGCCUGUGCCAACAUUCCAGUGGGUUACAUAGCAUGGCUGGCAGGCUGUGGCCACUUAGGAGUGCACAAGUACCUGCUCAGUUGCUGAGCACCAAACCUGGAUGAAUGUGGUUCACCCUAGCAGCAGUGUGUGUGUGUGUGUGUGUGUGUGUGUGUGUGAGAGAGAGAGAGAGAGAGAGAGAGAGAGAGCGCGCACAUCUUAGUCAUACAUACCUGUGUGUAGCUGCUCCCAGCAGGACAUCCUGUUCCUGCCAGCUGUCCUGGGCAACCCCAGUGACAGAAACCUGCUUGUUGCAGAGGUGGGUUGGGACAGCGGGCACAGAGAAGUCUGUUUACUUUCCUGAUGGAACAGGUUCCUAUGCUUUCCUUUUGACGUGGCAUAGCUGCAAUCCAAUCCCCGCUUACCUGAGAGUACGUUCCGUUGAAUUCAACAGGACUCAUUUCUGAGUAGACAUGGUUAGUAUGGUGCUGUUAAACACGAUCUGCCCUCUCACACUGGAGGUGACAAAUUUCUUCCCCCUUCUCCUGGAUUGUUUGCUCGGUCUCUCUCCCCCCCCCCCCCCGGCCCCUUCCUAUCCUGGUCUGCUUUCUUUUCCUCUUGAGAACGGUGCCAUCAGAAGGUUAGCCUGAUGCUAUGCUGGGCCCUGCAAAAUGGGAGGGGGGCAAUAUGUCUUCACUGAGUCAUGGAGAAACAGGGGUAGAGGAAGGUCUAAGUGGGGUGGGUGGAAAUACAGACUUGCAUUUUUGAGGCAGCAGCAAUUGCAUUUCUUAGAUAACUUAUUCAGGAAGCAAAUUCGCUCCUUCGGUUAACAAUGAAUGACUUCCGUGGACUCUCUUGUGCCUGGUGUGUGAUGCUAGCCAGUCCUUAGAUCUUCUUGAGAAUGGAACUUUCUGUCCCAGCCUUCAGCCCUGUACAUCUGGGGCUUGGCUCUGUUACUUCAGCAAUGGUGGAAAGCCACAGGCUGAGAUGCUUGGGGGUGGAAGAGGCAUUCCAGAGCUGUGGGGCAGCCCCUUCCCUAGCCCUUGGAGGGUGUUUUCACCAGACUCUGGCACUGUCCAGUCCUCCUACCAUGUGUACUGACCCCACCAUUUCCUGCUUCUGCCAUCCUUCCUUUGCACAGAGUAUGGGUUUUGCAGUGUGGGGGGGGGGAGAGAAGUUGACUUAAACCAGUUUACACUGGUGGUAGCAUAGGCAUUUGCAUAGUUACAUCCUGCUGAGUAGGAAGAGGAGGCGGUGAGUCUGAGGUUUUGCCUGAGACAAAUAACUAAGGGGCCUUUCUUGUUGCAGUCUGUGGUGUCCCAGUGCAGACGUGUGUGGAGGACUGCCAGCAAAUGACAACCUGGAGCAAUUGCUCUCUCUGUCUGCCUGCCUGUACUGGUAAGCAAAGAGCCCCUGUCCCGUGAGUUGGGUUGGGAGCACAUGGGCAAACCCUCCGCAUUCUCUGGAUCCUCAGUCUCUGGGCUUAGAUUUCCAAGGAUAACAGCUUUCUUUCUUAAAACAAUAUCCCUGGUGUGUUAUUCCUUGGCAUGGCAUGGCGUAAAUAGUCCUGCAUAUCCUUACAAGCCACUUUGCAGGACCUCAAUCUUUCUGCAAGGUAAACAAAAUAAAAAUAAACAUUGCAAAGCCCAAGCUCCCCACUGAAGCAGAGCUGCUUGCCAGACCUUGGCUUCUUUGCAUAUGGAGAGGUAUUUUGCUAAACCUGCCUGAGCCACUGAAAACCGGCCUUACCAGGCUUCAUUCUUCUUCAUUUAUUUGAUUUGUGUAUUUGUACACUUUACUGGCUGUGCUGGCAAGCUGAGCAGAGGUCCAUGGCCUGUUGUUUACAGUAGGAUCCCAAUGGAUGUAAUGUUAAGUGUUGUUGAAUUUGGGCUUGGUGAUGUGGAGAGGGUGAAGCACUCAGGGGCCUCUGGCAGCUGGUACCUCUUAUUUGGGUGGGUGGGGGACACGGCAGGUGGCCAGGCUGUGUCUUGUGGCCACUAGUACAGCACAAGUCCAGUGACACCAGAUCCAUACACUUGCUGCCCAGUUCCUUAAACUGCACAGCUCCUUGCCACUUACCUGUUGACAGGGCUCGUGGGAUACUUCCUUGCUAGUUUUGUCUGACUGGUUGCUGGCUGCUUCCUUUUUUCCAGAGCACCAGCCCUAAAAGUUAGGAUUGUGCUUUGUAUCAGCAGCUCCUCCUCCUGCCCCUGCCACGCCUCUCUUCUUUAGUUUUAUGUUUAAUAAAUGUAUAUCCUGCCUUUCCCCCGAAAGAUGGCCAGGGUGGCAGCGAGUAACAAAACAUUACCAAAAACCUUUCAAAACAUUUUUAAAUGCUUCCAGUGCAGAGGAAGAUUGGAAAAAGUCUCAAACUGAAAGUCUUGUUGGAAGAGGAAGGUCUUCAGCAGAGAUGGUACUUCCCAGCAAGGAGCCCUCUUUGGGUAGCUGAAAUGCUUCUUCAGCUGACAGCUUUGUGCUGGCAGGAAGGGAUCCAGCACAGGACCCUCCUCCCUCCUCGGGUUGGUCUGGGCAUGGAGAAGUCGGCAGGUACGGAACCAGCCACCCAGUGUGCUUUCUUUUCCUCUACCCCCAGAUGUGACCCUGAUGAGCGGCCUAGAUCCUGAGGAGCUGGCCCUCAUCACCAUGGUCCAGUACAAAGUGCUGCACUCCCUCAACCUCACCGCAGAAGACGAAAGGGACCGGGGAAACUCCUCCAAAAUCAUCUAUGAUGCCAAAUACCCAUGA